AUGGGUGCGCGGCAGCAUGAAGCCGGCGAGCGGCGCCGAGGAGGGCGGCUGCAGCGAGGCCGGGGCCGGCAGCCCCGCCGAGCCCGGCGCCAAGAAACGCCGCUGCCUGCGGCGCCUCGUGCCCGACAACUUCUGGGAGGACGCGAAGAAGCUGCUGGUGCUGUCGGCGCCGCUGAUCGUGAACCAGCUCCUGAUUUUCCUGAUCCACCUGGUCAGCUCCAUAUUCUGCGGCCACCUGGGGAAGGUUGAACUGGCCUCUGUCACACUGGCCAUCGCUGAUACGGUUUGUCUUCGGCAUGCGACACCCUGAUAUCCCAGACCUACGGCAGCAGGAACCUGCGGCGCGUGGGCGUCAUCCUGCAGCGCGCCACCCUCAUCCUCCUGCUCUGCUGCUUCCCCUGCUGCGCCAUCCUCAUCAACAUCGAGCAGCUCCUGCUCCUGGUCCGCCAGGACCCCGAGGUCUCCAGGCUCACGCAGGUCUACGUGACGGCGUUCGUGCCCUCGCUCCCUGCAGUUUUUCUCUAUCACUUGGAGACCAGAUACCUGCAGAACCAGAUGAUCAUGUGGCCCCAGGUGCUGAGCGGCAUCCUCGGCAACACGGUCAACGUGGUGGCAAACUGCAUCUUCCUCUACGUGCUGGGCUUGGGCAUUGUGGGCUCRGCCUGGGCCAACACCGUUGCUCAGUACGCUCAAGCCAUCUUCUUGUUCCUCUAUAUUGUAGGCAAGAAGCUGCACGUGGAGACGUGGGGAGGCUGGUCCGUGGAGUGCCUCCUGGACUGGGACAGCUUCACCUCGCUGGCCAUCCCCAGCAUGCUCAUGAUCUGCAUCGAGUGGUGGACCUAUGAAAUCGGCAGCUUCUUGAUCGGCCUGCUGAGCGUCGUGGAGCUCUCGGCGCAGUCCAUCAUCUACGAGGUGUCCGUUGUUGCCUUCAUGAUCCCGCUGGGGCUCGGCACGGCCGCUAGCGUGCAGGUGGGGAACGCGCUGGGYGCUGGCGACGUGGACACGGCCAAGAGAUCCUCCUCCACGUGCCUGCUGUGCACGGGAGGGUUUUGCAUAGCGGUGGGGGCCGUGUUGGCGGCCACCAAGGAYGUGCUGGGCUACAUCUUCACCAGUGACAAGGAGAUCAUCGGCUUGGUGGCCUGGGUCAUACCCGUCUACGUUGUCUUCCACUUCUUCGAGGCCAUGUGUGGCGCCUGCAGCGGGGUGCUCCGCGGCGUAGGCAAGCAGAAGUUCGGCGCCAUCCUCAACGCCAUCGCUUACUACGGCGUGGGGCUGCCCCUGGGCGCCGUGCUCCUCUUCGUGGUCAAGAUCGGCGUCAUCGGUCUCUGGCUCAGCAUGCUCAUCUGCGUCUCCAUCCUCUGCAGCUGCUUCGUCGCCUACAUCGUGCGCAUGGACUGGAGGAGGGCGGCCCAGGAGGCCCAGCUCCGCGCAGGGGUGGCCCAGCAGCCAGCGGAGCAGCCGGGCACAGAGCCCGAAGGAUCCUGCAAGGCCCUGCCCCACGGCUCGGCGCCCCACAUGCACGGCCCCACGGCGGCGGCGCRGGGCUGCAUAGCGGGCAYGGACGCCCAGAACGGCGUGGUGCUCAUGGGCAUCACCAGGCUGGAGGGAGCAGCGGAGCGGCCGGAGCGCCGGGAGGCAGCGGCCGCCGCGCCGGCUCCGGGCGCCGCCGUCCCCCUGAGGAAGCUGCUCGUGCGCCGGGGGCUGGUGGGCGCCGCGGCCGUGGCGGUGCUGGCGCUCGGCGUCGCCGUGAAGCUCGCGACCGCGAGGCCCUGA